GUACACAGAAGAAAUCCUCUUCUUAGCUUUCCUCUCUCCCAAAACCAAAAACCAAAACCCCACUCUUCGAUUCUCUCUCCUCCUCCACUUUUCCCCUUUCUCUCUCCUCUUUCUUUACCGAACCCCAAAGAAUUUGCCAUUCCCCAAUCGCCAAUUUCGACGAUUUCCCCAUCCGCCAUGGAUUCUGAGGACGAUCUCCAUUACUCCACCGACGUCGAAUCCCUCGACGAUGAUUGCGAUUUCUACUGCGGCGAUAUGGACAUGGGUAUGGGCUACUACAGCGACGACGACGACGAUCCUGACGCCGAGGACUUCGUCGAGGACGACACCGAUGAUUACUUCGACUCCCGCCGCCGCGAGCAAAACUAUACCAUUCUAAAUGAAUCAGAUAUACGGCAGCGCCAAGAGGAUGACAUUACAAGAAUUUCGUCUGUACUUUCUAUAUCACGUGUAGCUUCAAUUGUCUUGCUCCGCCACUUCAAUUGGAGUGUUACUAAAGUCCAUGAUGAAUGGUUUGCUGAUGAAGCUCGAGUAAGAAAACAAGUUGGCUUGUUGGAAGCACCUGUUUUACAUGUCUUGAAUGCUAGAGAACGUACUUGUGGAAUCUGUUUUGAGUCCUAUGCACAUAGUAGGAUCAAGUCAGCAGCAUGUGGUCAUCCUUUCUGUGCCUCCUGCUGGGAAGGUUACAUUAGCACAGCAAUUAAUGAUGGUCCUGGAUGUCUGACGUUGAGAUGUCCUGAUCCUUCUUGUGGUGCUGUGGUUGAUCAAGACAUGAUCAAUUCAUUAACCUCAAAUGAAGACAGGGACAAAUAUGCCCGUUACCUUCUUAGGUCUUAUGUUGAAGACAACAAAAAGACAAAAUGGUGCCCAGCUCCUGGUUGUGAUUGUGCUGUUCUCUUUGAUGCUGGUAAUGGGAACUAUGAUGUUUCUUGCCUCUGCACAUAUGGCUUUUGCUGGAAUUGUACAGAAGAAGCUCACCGUCCUGUAGAUUGUGCUACUGUGGAAAAAUGGGUUUUAAAGAACAGUGCUGAGUCUGAAAACAUGAACUGGAUAUUAGCUAAUUCCAAGCCUUGUCCAAAGUGCAAGCGACCAAUUGAGAAAAAUCAAGGGUGCAUGCACAUGACAUGCACACCUCCGUGUAAAUUUGAAUUUUGCUGGCUAUGUCUUGGUGCAUGGUCAGAUCAUGGCGAAAGAACUGGUGGCUUUUAUGCUUGCAACCGAUAUGAGGUAGCUAAGCAAGAUGGUGUGUAUGAUGAGGCUGAGAAAAGGAGAGAAAUGGCAAAGAAUUCUUUGGAGAGAUACACUCACUAUUAUGAACGUUGGGCAAGCAAUCAAACAUCUAGACAAAAAGCACUAGCAGAUUUACAUCAAAUGCAGAAUGUGCAUAUUGAGAAGCUCAGUGAUAUACACUGCACUCCUGAGUCUCAGCUAAAGUUCAUAACAGAGGCUUGGUUACAGAUAAUUGAAUGUAGACGAGUUUUGAAAUGGACUUAUGCAUAUGGAUAUUACCUACCGGAACAGGAGCAUGCCAAGAGACAGUUUUUCGAGUAUUUGCAAGGUGAGGCCGAGUCUGGAUUAGAAAGACUUCAUCAAUGCGCUGAAAAGGAACUACUACAGUUCCUCAAUGCAGAAGGUCCAUCAAAAGAAUUUAACGACUUCCGCACAAAGCUUGCUGGUCUGACCAGUGUUACUCGAAAUUACUUUGAGAACCUGGUUAGAGCAUUAGAGAAUGGGCUUUCAGAUGUGAACUCACACGGAGCGUGCAGCGGCACAACAAGCUCAAAAAACACAGCUGGAAGUAGUAAAGGAGGGAGAGGCGGACGGGGAAAGGGAGUCAGCCGAACCAGCAAUUCGAGCAGAAGCGGGGACAGUGCCACUCACUGGUCGUGCGAACACUGUACCUUUGUGAACACAAGAUCUGCUACCACGUGCGAGAUGUGCCAUCAACGCCAUUGAAAACCUCUGGUUUCAAUCAAAGUAGAGAGAGAGAGAGAGAGAGAGAGAGAGUAAUCAACAGUGAGAAGAAAUAGAAAAGUGUAAUUUGGUGGGUUUGCUGACCCUUUUUCUUCCUGUUGAAUAUGUGGAAAAAAGAAAAAGAAAAAGAAAAAGAGGGAGUGAUUGUGAGAGAGGGAAAUAUGUCAAAUAUGAUUUGAAUGUAAAUAGGUGGCAGUAUAAAUUUAACAAAUUUGUGUUGUGCAGAAUAUGUGGCUUCACUUGCUGGUUUAAUGGUGGAUACAAGUGAGAGAUUAUAUUACUACUACUACUACUAUACUAGUCUUGAAAUAA